AUCUGCCAGUAUGUUCUCCCUGUCCAUGAUGGUGGGGCUGGUCCCGGUGGUGUCGCUCUUUGGUCUGUUCUACUCUGCUGCAGUGGAUGAGAGCUUCCCUCAGGGCUGCACCAGCAGUAGCAGUCUGUGUUUCUACAGCCUGCUGCUGCCCGUCACCAUCCCUGUCUACGUCUUCUUCCACCUCUGGAGCUGGAUCGGGAUCAAGCUCUUUAGACACAACUAGGCUGUUCUCCUUCUGUUCUGUUACACUUCAUCUGUUGGUGAUGUACCGAGCCUUUCUGGACCCAUUCUGUUUCUUCAUUGAUAAAAGGUAAAAAUAGAACGGUUUGACAUUCCAUCAGCACAGCUACAAUGGAGUUUAAUAGCCACAAACAGUUGAGCUCCUGAUGACAAAGUAGUAGAUUAACACCUGAACAUGUGGUUCGUACAGUGUCAGGCACAUUUGGAAGGUUGACUAUUUGGGUGUGACAUAUGUACGUUGCUGUGGUGGUGAAAUGAAUAAAGGUGACGUUACACAACUUAA